UCUUUAUUACGAAUAAAGUUAUACCAUUUAAUUUGGUGAUAAUUGUGAGCAAUUAAGUUAGUAUUUCUUUUAUUAUUUAAAUAUUUCUUUUCGAAUUUUUUGUUUCAUGUUUUGAAAACGCAAACUCAUAUUUGGAGCGCUGGGGUAUUACAGCAGAUAGUAGAAUAGCCACAAUAAAACAAGUUUUUUUUUUUUUGUUUUUAGUUUAAAGGAUAUUCUUUUAUUACAUGGAUUGGAAUCGUUUUUUCUGCAUUUGCGGGCAACACAAUGCCACUGCUUUACUAGAACCGCUUAAUAUUAUUCUUCCUUUCUUGUUAUUUGAAUUCUAUUUUUAAAUUAUUAUGGGUAAAUUGCAUUGCAGUACAUAUUUGUAAGGAGAGUAUUUUUUAAUUUGAACUGGUGGAGGUAUCUUUCGUCCUUUCCUUAAGAUAGAAGGGUUGUUCUCACCGACCCGGACUUCUACGUAUCCAGUACUAGCUGGCCGUGUGACACCGUGAGUGAGGUUUACCCCGGAGCAAGGAAGAGCAGCCGGCUAGCAAGGCCAGGGGAAGGCCCUGGGAGGUACAGCCUCUGUGAAACAAGCUAGUUUUCGAGUCUUGAUUAUGGAUACAUGACAUCAGAAUCCACGGGCACUCGGCUCUGUAAUUAAUCGCUACCAUUUGUUUUGAAACCGAGUAAGUAGUGCACUUGGUGUGUUAACCUCAGAAAACAAGGAUAAUUUGAAGACGAAACGCAGGGGGGCUGUUCUCAGCUGAUGUGCAAAUGUAAGAUGUGGUUGUAUUGUUAAAACUACACGCUAAACUGAAAUAUUUAAACAAGGACAGAGCAAGGAAGAGGGUGGCAGAUGCGCAUUGAAAAACCUGCACGAAGAUCUGUGUUUGCAUUGGCAAUAAGACAAAAAUACAUUUCAGAUAAAGUUUAAAAGUGGGGUUUCUGUCCGGUGUUUUGCCUCGCGAUGGGAACUAUACACAGAAUCGGAUUGGUUGUAUAACAGGAGUGAUCGUUUGAUAACUGACUGCAGAGCAAAUCGACCUGUCCGGGGACGUACUUCGUUCUGUUGCCAGGGUUUCUCUUCUGAUGAACGAGUUUGCAGAAGAAUGAACCUCGCAUGACAAUUUACCUUUUCUGUGGAUCAAGUGUUGGAUUACAAAUACGUUUUUGCUGAUCGUUAAUAAGUAAGCAAGAACACCUCUCUCUUCCCACCCCUGCCUUUGUGGAUUUUUUUUUCUGUAGCUCAAUGACUGCUGUCUUUAGUGCGUUGUAGAAUGGAUGGUGUGGUCUUGACUGUCCCGGUUUCUCAGUGUUUGCGACUACUUUUCUGUGACUGCAUUUUGCUCUUUUCGAAUUACAAAAGAACACCUCCUGUCCAGGGCCCAGACCCUUUGCAUUGUAAUUACAUUCACUGUCCCUACUGAAUUACCAGGACACACCUGUUUGGGGGCGGGGUUGUUGGCUGGAAAAGGGGUCUGAAAAGGGGAGUUUCCUGGAACCGGUUUGGAAUUAUUAUUUUUUUAAGACUUGUACAUGCUAGCAAAAAUGUCUGAAAACUCAGACAAGAUAUCAACGUUCUUAGCGCCCCCUAAGAACGGGAACGGAUCCUGUUCGGAUACAUCUGUAGGGGAGAGGCUGGGGGUGAACCUACUGAGUAACAGACAUGCAGAGGUGGAGCUGCGAAAGCGAAGGCACACCAUGGACAAGGACAGCAGAGCCGCGGAGCACCGUUUCUUCCGCCGGAGUGUCAUUUGCGACUCCAACGCCACGGCCCUGGACCUGCCCAGCAAUGCCUGCAUCCUGUCUUCCCCUCCUGAUUCAGACAGCUCCCUCUCCUCUAUCAUUGUGGAGCCCAGCGAGCCCCCUGCGUUGGCCCCUCAGCCCGUAGAGGUGCCUCCAGUGGAGGUAGCCCCCGAGGUGUGCAAUGAGACUAGCGGGCAUACGGAAGAGCCGAGCAUGCCUGCCCUAGUGGUCAGCGAUGGGCAGUCAGUGGUGUUCGCUCCUGCUAGAGACAGUGACUCUUGUAACCAUGUCAGGGAGUCUAAGAUUGAUGAUGGUGAUGGCGGUGCUGCGGGCAGCAGUGUUGCGGUUGGGAAACAGGACAAAGGGAAGGAAGUUCUGAAAGAGGCUGGGUUGGGAUUUUCCAGAGGGGAAGGGCAAGUGAAAACAGAGGCGGAGCUCCGGGAGGCAGCAGAGAAGAAGCAGCAGCAGGAGGAUAAUGAAGAGGUGGAGACCAAGGCAGUGGGGACGUCCCCAGAUGGGCGCUUCCUCAAAUUUGACAUCGAGAUCGGCCAAGGAUCCUUCAAAACCGUCUAUAAGGGGUUGGAUACCGAAACAACAGUGGAGGUGGCUUGGUGCGAGUUGCAGGACCGAAAGCUGACAAAGUCAGAGAGACAGAGGUUUAAGGAGGAGGCUGGGAUGUUGAAGGGGCUCCAGCACCCGAAUAUCGUCCGGUUUUAUGAUUCCUGGGAAUUGACAUGCAAGGGGAAGAAAUGCAUUGUACUGGUGACGGAGUUGAUGACAUCUGGGACCUUGAAAACGUACCUGAAGCGGUUCAAGGUGAUGAAGAUCAAAGUGCUGCGCAGCUGGUGCAGGCAAAUCCUCAAGGGCCUUCACUUCCUUCACACGAGGACCCCUCCCAUCAUUCACCGGGACCUCAAGUGCGACAACAUCUUCAUCACCGGCCCAACUGGCUCAGUCAAGAUCGGAGACCUGGGUCUUGCCACGCUCAAACGAGCCUCCUUCGCCAAGAGCGUUAUAGGUACCCCUGAGUUCAUGGCCCCUGAGAUGUAUGAGGAGAAAUAUGACGAGUCAGUGGAUGUGUACGCUUUCGGAAUGUGUAUGUUGGAGAUGGCAACUUCUGAGUACCCAUACUCCGAGUGUCAGAAUGCUGCGCAGAUCUACCGCAGAGUCACCAGUGGAGUAAAGCCCGGCAGCUUUGACAAGGUAGCGAUACCUGAAGUGAAAGAGAUCAUUGAAGGAUGCAUUCGCCAAAACAAAGACGAAAGGUACGCCAUCAAGGACCUGCUGAACCACGCCUUCUUCCAGGAGGAGACCGGCGUGCGUGUGGAGCUGGCAGAGGAGGACGACGGGGAGAAGAUCGCCAUCAAGCUCUGGCUUCGGAUAGAGGACAUCAAGAAGCUAAAGGGGAAGUACAAGGACAACGAAGCCAUCGAGUUCUCCUUCGACCUGGAUAGAGAUGUGCCUGAGGAUGUUGCACAGGAGAUGGUAGCGGAUGGAACAGGUGACAGUGGCCAGGGCUCCUCUGUGUUCUCCGAAACUCACCUGGGCAGUCAGCAGACUCUCCCUUACAGUUCUCUCCCAGAGCAGACCGUGUCCUCGGGCCAGGCUCCUGGGUACCUGGCACCUGGUGGACAGCAGCAGCAGCAAUACCAGCAGCCGGCUGUGCCACCGUCUGUGACGCUUCCGUACGGGGGAGUCCCUGCCCUCCCGGACACCCAGAUAUUUUUCUCGACCAUCCCAGAGAGGCCCAUCUCCUUCUCUCCUCCGCCAAACUCCACUCCCAAAAUGCCCACUUGCCAGCGCCGCAAGAGCACCUCCAUCUUGGAAGCCCACACCCGCCAGUUUCAGCCGACCUACAGAAACUUUGGCCAGACCCUCCACCCGUUCAGUGCCGACCCAUUGGCUGGUCCUGAUGACUCCUCUUCUGUGCUUGUGGUGCCAGGGGCAGGGCCACACACAUCUGCCAAGGAACCGUUAUGCAUGCAAAACCAAUUGCCGGACCAUGUGUACGGCUACAAAGACGCCAGACCAGAAAUGGCUCACCAAGAUGAGAAUCUUUGGCGGUUGACUCACGCGGCUGUGCUAGCGAGGGGAGUGCAGCCAGUUCAAGAGCAAUACGAGGCCUUGACGUAUGCAGGCUCCCCUGUGACCGGCCAUCCGUUCACCCAACUCAGCCUUCAGCAGCAAGUGCAUGUUGCGUCCAGCCUCGUAUACGACCCCUCUCAGACGGGACAGACCUACAUCCCGACUCAUGCUCAGAACUCCACGGCUCAGCUGCCUCCGAUGAGCACAUCAUUCGGACAUUCCCAAGCCGUCUCCAGGGAUGGCAGCCCGAGGUAUCAGAUGUCCUUCCCUCUCUCUGCACCGCCAGUGAUGGCUACGGCUGUUGACGGUACUAGUAAUGUUGGCUCUGUUUUUGAGUUCCAAGUUCAUGCCUUGCCAGGUGAUGGCGGGGCAGGUUUUUCUUCGUCUCCACAGAGGAUUUAUCGAAGCCGCCGGAGCUCCAUGGACCUGAACUUGGAGGACCCGUCAUCCUCCUCUUGCUCUCAAGGCCACGGGGUGUGUCGCUGGCUCCAGCCUGUCACAGAAGAACAGUACAACUACAUCAGCCCAGAGCUGCCACUGCCCCCCGGAAACCUGCUGCUCCACAAGGACCGCAGCCCGGAGCUUAGCGACUCCUCCUCUCAGUUUAACUCCUCUGACACUGGGGAGUUUCAGUCACCUCCUCCCCACUCCGCCGCCCCCCCACCUGGCUACCCCAGCAACAUCUCGGCUGCUCAGCCCAUCCCUCACGGCUUUUUCAGCGUGAGCCACGGAAACACUCUUCCCCCACACCCCGCACAGCCAGCCUUCUUUGUUUUUUCCACGGCCGACUCGUACUCCUCCGGAGGCCCCGGAUCCCACCUCCAUGUCCUGGAAGGCUCCUGGGCUCGAACCACAUCGUGCCACCAAGCCAUCCAGCAAGACCUUAGUUACUCUGAGCCAGCCAUGGCACAGGUCUUUCCUUUGGCUCCUGGGCAACAGCCUCCAACCAGUCUCUCCUUACCAACAACCUCUCAGGCUGGACCAGUCUCCACACAGCAGUUUGCAGGUUACUACACCCCAACGCAACUCCCACAGGCUGCUCCCCAGCAGACCUCCCUUGGUGGUCCUCCUGCACAGCAGAUGGUGCAAUAUUCUCUCCCGCAGCAGCCAGCAGCUUCCAUUACAGCUACUCAACCCUCUCUGCAGCUCAGCCAGACACAGCCUCCUGUGUCCCAGUCUAUGCAUCCCCUCUAUAUCGAAACUCUACCUUCUCCAAUCCUGGCUCCGGGUCUCGCCCAGCCCAGCUCUGUGGCCAUGACCUCCUACCCCCUGCCAGGGCAGAUCCUCCCCAGCUACUCCUACCCCCCUCCACUUCUCGGUGCCGGUGAGCCACAGACGUCAGUGCAGCCUUUUUCCAUCGCUCAGGUUGGCUUUCCUUCGCCUUCUCUUCCUGUCACCAUGGCAGUCGGCAUUAGCCAGCAGCAGCAGUUGCCGGUAAUGGUAGCAGCGCCGAGCGUGUCCGCUGGAGCUCAGGCAGGACUCCCAGCGCACGUGUCUCCUCAGCAGCUUGCCUACUCCAUGUCAGCAGUCAGCAUGGGGAAGCUCCUGAUCCAGCCACACCUUCAUCCCAGUGAAAUCCUACACCAGGCGCCCCAGAGUGUUUCUCAGUCCAACGAGCAGACGCAGGGACUGCAGGCUCAGGGGAACUCCUCUGUGGACAGUGUGCAUUCGGAUGUGGCGUCUGGAAUGAGCGAUGGGAAUGAAGGAGCCACAGCCUCCAACGAGAGACACGAGGGCAGAUCCACCAAGCGGCACAACCGCAAGUCAGUCCGGAGCCGCUCGCGCCACGAGAAGACGUCCCGGGCGAAGCUGCGCAUUCUCAGUGUUUCAAACAUACCCGACCGAGUGGCUGAGUGCCAGCUGGAGACACACAACCGGAAAAUGGUUACUUUCAAAUUUGAUCUCGAUGGAGACAAUCCAGAGGAGAUUGCGGAAAUAAUGGUUCAGAGCGAGUUCAUCUUGGAGCCAGAGAGAGACUCAUUCAUCGAGCAGGUGCGCGAGAUCAUUGAGAAGGCGGACGAGAUGCUGAGUGAGGAUGCGAGCGGGGAGCCGGAGGGGGAACCCGGGGUAAACAGAGACAAGGGCAAGACCCAGAUGGAGAGUGAAUUCAGAGGUCCGGAACAUGCAUAUUUUGUUCCUCGGCAGACAGGUGCCCAGAUGGGCUCUGCUGCUCAGGUGGUUCAUUCGGCCGGUCGCCGGUUCAUAGUGAGCCCUGUUCCAGAGGCCCGGCUCAAAGACCAGUUCUUUGGUCCCACGGCCACCUCUGUUCCUCCUCCAGAUCCUUCCUCAUCCAAGGAGAUGCCAGCAUCAGUUCCAGUGGUUCCCAACAGUCAGAGCUUAAGCCACUCUGCCUCCUCUGUCAGCCUUCAGCAAGCCUUUGCUGAGCUCCGAAAUGCAGCCUACCAAGAGGGACCCAGCACCGCACCACCCAUGGUCGACCUCACCAUGCUGCCCUUCCCUAUCUUAACAGGACUGACCCCAGUCUCCACCCCAUCCAGCACCCAGAUAGCAUCCCCUCCCUCAACUCGGGCACAGAGCACAGUCACUGAGGCCGGCUCUAGCUCUGAGCCAGCCCCAACGUUGCAGUCCAGCCUUCCAGCCUCACCCCCUCCUGCUGUUCAACAAAUCACAGGCCAGGGAGUGAGCACACAGGCUGCCAUAACCACUCCUCUGUCUCAGUCUGGACAGCAGCUGAUCUACUGUAGCGUUAGCACUUUAUCCCCGCCUCUCACCACACCCCCUCAGCAGCCAAUUGGUGGAGUUCCAACCAGUAUCAGCGCGCCGGCCUCCAUAGCUCCUCCAGUAAUGACACCGCAGCCAACCCAAGCGGCCCUUCUCCCAUCUAACACCAGCCUCCCCGCUUCAGCGUCCUUCCCAAUGACGUCCCAGUCGACCCAGCAAGUCCUCGCCAGCGCAAAUCUUUCUCUGGUGCAAACCUCCGUCUCCCUGCCCGGCCCUCCAAUAACCAGCACUGGUGCCCCAGUGCAAGAACCGCCCCAUCCUGACAGCUUGCAGCCCAAGCUUCCAACCUCUACCUCUCUACCCAUUGCUGUGUCAACAUCCCAGGCUUCUGUCUCCCAGCCAUCCUCGCUGCCUGCUGUACCCAGUGUGCCUUCAGUCCCUAGUUUGAUGCAGCUGGCCACCACCACCAUCCCAGUGGUCCAGCCAACACUGGUGCACACCGAGCCGCAGCUGGCCUCUGUCCCCAACCAGCCGCAUUCGCACUCCCUGGAGUGCGAGGGGGAACCCGGCAUCGACGACAUCAAGACCCUGGAUAAGAAGCUGCGCGAUCUCUUCAUGGAGCACGGCUCAGGCACGGCAAGCGACCCGUCUGGACCUCAGAUCCCAUCCGGGACAGCAGCUGCUGUGGGCUUGUCGAACGUUUUGGCAGCGCCCCCCACCAGCCUGCCCCUCGGAAGCGCAGGGUUAUCCACUGGCACCCCUGUAGCCACCCCCGGUCAGGCUGCCACCCCUUCAAGCUACGUGCAAGCCAAGCCUCCUUUGGGACGGGUACCGGUGUUGCCUGUAGGCACAGAAUUGCAGGCUGGCAAUCCGCCCAUUGAACAGCAGCACCCCUUUCCAGGACCUACACUAACCCAGUCUCAGCAGCCUUUGGAAGAUCUCGACGCCCAGUUAAGAAGGGCGCUUAGUCCAGAGACGGUUCCAGUUAACACUGUGACUGCUCAGACUGCAGUAACUGCACCCCCAACAAGUGUGUCCGACCAGUGUUAUCCUGCUGGACAGCCUGUUGCUGAAGGGCCUCAAGGGGAAGAUAGCGGUAGUGUCGCAGCUGCUAGUGCAGGAGCUGAAGUUGUGAAACUUGGGCGCUUUCAGGUGUCAAUGGCACCAGAUGUGGUCUUACUUCAGUCAAAGGUGGAUGACCGAAGCAGGCCUAGCUCCACAGACUCCACCUCCUCCAGUUCCUCCUCCUCCUCCUCUUCCACCUCGCUGCUGUCCAGCCCAGAGAACACACUGUUGAAGCCGCCAGCCCGCCGCAGAGCUGACACAGAUCCGGAUGUGGUGGACGGUCUCACCCUACAACCCUCCCCUCAAUGGGCAGCAGAGCCCAGGCAGGGGAGCGCCCCGCCCACCACCAUCGGCAGGUUUCAGGUCACCACCCAAGCCGACACCAGGGUGGGCCGUUUCUGUGUGAUCAAGGCACAGGACGAGCCGGCAGUGUCUGGGGCAGGGAGCUCCUCAACCCUGGCCAGUGAAACCCAGCUUGCCCUGCCCAGCAUAGAGAGCCCCACGGAGACGUUCACACAGCUCAACGGGCCAACGCAGCUCCAGGAAGUGUGUGCCAGCCUGGGCAGCCCCGGUUCCCCUCAGUGGCAGGGAUCCCUGCCCCUGCCCAGCCUCAGCAACUCCUUCAACUCCUCCUACAUGAGCAGUGACAAUGACUCCGAGUUCGAGGACGAGGAUCUCAAGAAGGAGCUGCAUCGGCUCAGGGAGAAACAUCUGAAAGAGAUCCAGGCUCUGCAGUCACGACAGAAGCAGGAGAUAGAGUGUCUUUACACCAGGCUGGGGAAGGUGCCUCCAGCCGUCAUCAUACCCCCUGCGGCCCCCCUUUCUGGGAGGCGCAGGAGACCCACCAAGGGCAAGGGGAGCAAGCCCAGUCGCAGCACCUCCCAGGGCAGCAAGAGCCCUCUCCUGCCAGGCACUUUCUCUGCUCAGAGCGCUCCCUCCAUGUUCCCCCCUCAGCACACUCUGCUCCCCCCGGGGGGAGGCCCGGAGACUGGGCACUGCCAGCUACUCAAGCCGUCUCCUUCCAGUGAGAACCUGUGCUCUUCUUACACAAGCGACGUGGCUCUCUCCAUGCCCAGCCUGUCCGUCCCAGUGCAAGGCUGUGCAAAGUUCAGCUGUGGGUCAGAGCGGGUGACCUUCAAAACUGGUGGCCGGAGGAUGCGAUUUCUGAGUACGCCCUGCUUGGCUCUUUGGAAGAUGGUGAAAAAAGUGUGCCCCUGCAACCAGCUCUGUAGGACGAGCAGUACAAACACAGUUAGUGGAGGGGCCCCGGGACAGGCCCCAGCGCAGCCCCCCACCCUGCCCUCCACCCGGAAAGGCACCUUCACAGAUGACCUACACAAACUGGUGGACAACUGGGCUCGCGAUGCCAUGAACCUGUCGCAAGGCAAGCGGGGCUCCAAGCAGCAGCAGCAGGGCCACAACUACUGUGAUGUGAUCCCACCUGCCACCAUGGGAAGAAAGUUCUCCGCCCCGGGGCACCUGUGCCCCAAUAUUACAUCCUCUUUGAGUGGGCACACGCCCAUUCCUGCCCCCUCCGCUACCUCCUUGGGUCCCUAUGGGAAGACCCCGCUGUGCCCGACCCCCCAGUACGGCUUCCCCUCCGCCCCUUACAGCACGCAGUGGACUGGCGCCACAGGCCCCACGCAACAGGCGGGCCUCCUCACCACAUCGCAGCCCCCGGGCCAGUUCAAGCCAGUCACUACAGGCUCACUGCAGGGCUUUCAUAUAAGCAAUCCGGCUGGACCAAACCUUCGCACGACGUAGGCAACCCACCCAGGGGCCCGGUGGGGUCCGGCCGAGGGGGAGGGGUGCGAGGAGGAUAGGAGUGCAACACAAGGUGAUGGGAGCUUCCUUAUAGAAACCAAGCUGGGCGACCAACGUUACUGUUUUGUUUUUUUUUAACCCCAUGCAUCGAGAGGGAGGGAAAAGCAAGAAUCAUCCAGCACUACUUGACUGGAAGAUUUUCAUACCGUUCAAAAAAAAAAUAUCAACAUUAACCCUCACGGACAGACUUGUUGGGGUUACUCGUGCUUGGACUUCCCAACCUGAGGUUUUUCACAAAGAAAUGAAUAACUAAAUAAAUAAAUGCAUGAAAUGGACACAAGGAUGCAAUAUUCAGUGGCCAAAGACGGUGUGAUGGUAGCUGUUCUUUCUGUAUCAAAGAGGUAUGGGUUAGAACAGAGGUGUCCAAUCAGUCCUGGUGGGCCAUUCCACUCCAGGUUUAAAGAUUUCAGGGUCUGGAUGGAGGUUUAAUUGGUCCAAUUGUAACAAAUUAGAGCAGGGUUGGAACAAAGACCAGGAGUGGAACGGCCAAUUUGGAAUGCCCCUGGGUUAGAAUCUUGAGCUGAAGGCUGUGUGGUUACUUAAGAAUUAUAUAUUUUUUGAGUCACAGUCAAUACAUGCAGAUAGAUUCGAUAGCUCCCUGCUUCCCUCCUCCCCCACCUUGUCCAGAAUAAAAGCAAUCAGACAUUUAAGGAAACGAAAAUGAGUGUCUUUACACUAACUAUUGCUCCAUAGAUCCAAUACUGGAUCAGUAAAAAGAUGACAGACACUGCUAACUAAGUAGGUUAGCUACAAGCUGGAUCUCUAGAGAUCGGGCGACCAUUGCCUGAUCUCCUUCAGGUGUGCAGUUUGAUGCGUUAAAAUAAAUCUCCCUAACAAACUGCGUUUAGCAACAUUUGUUCAUUUUUAGGAAGCUGGGUAAAGUGCAGGGAAGUGUUUGAAAGCACAUCAGAGAGGGAGGGAUAGAGCUUGAAUGAAUUGUUGUUUUUUUAGAAUGGUUUCACUGCUUUUUCCAGCUUGGUGUGUGGGGUGGGGAAGGGAGGCUUACUGGGCUCUGGUGUUCUGAUUCUUAAUGCUGGUUAUGAAAUGCGGGUACAGUAAACUGGGCUCAGUCCUGUCUAUGAAGAUGCCGUGUCCAGGGAGGUGUCUCCAUCUCUCUCACAUAUGACCAUCAGCUGCAUGAUGUAUAAAACCAGUCUGCCUCUGCCAGUGUUGCUUGUGAGGUCAUUUAAGCUUUAAAUCUACUAUCUAUUAUUAAUGGUAACAGCUUUUAUAAUCAUGACAGCAUUAGGGGGCCUAUAUAAAUAGUUGGAUUUAAAUGUAUAUUAAAUAAAUAAGUUAAAAACAAAAAAGCAUUCUGUGCAGACAUGUAUUUACCCAUCAGUUUUUGAUGUUGAAACACUGUGAUUAUAUAAAUGUUGUUGGACAACAUUAGUUAACAAAAAAAAAAGAAAAACGUGCAACUUAGAGGGUUAUUAAAGAAAGAAUGAAUAAAAAUAAGGCUAGCUGUAUCCAUAUAUAGUACUUAUUGGAGACACUUUAACUUUCUCUUUCUUUGUACUUUCUUUAUAUUAGAUGAAUAAAUGUGAAUGUAAAAUGGAUUAAAUUAAUGUACUUGAAUAACUUGUCUUUUCCUUUCCACCCUGACCCCAGUAUGCUUGCUGGAUUUGUAGUGCCUUGUACUUUUCUGGGUUUUUUUUUUUUUUUUUUUUUGUAAUUUUGGCUGGAAUCUGAAGCACUUGCAGUAGCACUUGGGACCUGUACCUUUGGGGUGAAGAGGAGGCUUGAUGAAACAAUCAGGAGUUGUUACAAGUUUGAAGUAUAAGAGGGACGGGGGGAUUCAUUUCAGUGCCAGUGUUUAUCUUACUGGAAAAGCGUAGAUCAAUGCUAGUUAGAAGGAACAGGAGCUGAACACCCCGACAGCACAAAGUGUUAGACUAUACGUUUAGAAGGAAGGUCAACACAUGAUGUCAGGAAAGGAUUUUCACUUGUAAAAUGAGACUCAAUUGUCCCUCUAAUCAGGUAAUCCAGUCUUUUUUUUUUUUAAAUGAUCAUUAAAGAUUCAUAAUUUGAUUUAAUAAACAAAUAAAUAAAAGUACAUUGGGUUAGAACAGUUUAACAUAGCCAGAUUAUCUCAACAGGUUCUCGAUACAACACGUUCUUGAACAAUAUGAACAAUAUUGUUCUUGUGAAGAUUUAAAAGGAUUCCUAAAGCAGUUUCCACACAUGUCUUUAUAUUGACAGAUUCUAAUAUAUAUAUAUGACACACACACACACACACACACACACACACACACACACACACACACACACACACACACACACACACACACACACCACACACAAAUAAUUGAAGUGUCAAAAACUUGAGUUAGAUGUAUACUCUGAAUGAAUUCACAGCAGCCUUGGGGAGGGCAUUGACCAGUGUGAAGAAAGGGUAUUUUAUUUGAGGUUGAAGGAAGUUUAGAAGCCAGUUCGAUGUGUAUGUCAAGGUGAGUCGUGGACAGAGGGUUAUUGUGCAGUAGAAUCAGUAUUUAUCUUGUAGGUCGCUUGUGGUGGAAAAGUGUGAGUUAGAGAGUAAGUAGCUGGGUUCUGGAAAAUGUAGCGUUAUACAUCCCCAUGUCUUGAUAGAACUGUUUAAAUAACAUACCU